AUGUCCCUCCAAAACACCUUUCAGCCCAUCAUAGCAAUGGACAAUGACCUCCCAAUGGCUCAAAAGCGCCGCAUCAUCUACAUCCGUCCAUUCCUCCUCUUUUAUCUCAACUCCCUCAUCGCAGAAAUCAUCUUCCUUGCCGUCAGCGUCUUCAUCAUGACCGGCACCCGCGACCUCUUCUACAAAGUCAUGUGGACACUCGUCUUCUGUCCGCUAGGUAUGGGCGGUGCCAUGGGGGGCCUUACGAAUGGCUUUAUUGUCGAUCACUAUUAUGGGAAGAAGGCGGCUCACUUUACGGGUAUUUUGUCGUUGUUGAUUUUGAGCGCUUGCAACUAUCUCUGCUACAAUCUGGACCGGCAUUUUGGAUGGUUCGGGGCCAAUGAGCAUCCCAUGUGGUUUCAUUGGCGGUAUCCGAUGAUUUGGGUUGUUGGUUACUGCAAUGGGUUGCUUAUGUUUACGGAUAGGGGGCAGGAGAGACUUGCUAGGGUGGGGUUGUAG